AGUCUGUAGAGGUGAACUACACACACUGUGUUAAUCGGCUUACUAGCACGUAUGCUUGUCGCAAACAACGAUUCAAAGCACCAGUUGAGCUGCAGCUACUGAUUGGUAAACAUCGAACAACAAACACUUUUAUUUGUGUAGUAAAAUAUGGCCAAAAUCAUUUCGGGAACUGAAACCGCCAAGGCAAUUCGUGCGGAAUUAAAGCAGCAAGUUUCGGAUAUUCAGAAUAAGUACCCAACUUUAGUGCCGGGAUUGGCAAUUGUACAAGUCGGUGGACGUGAUGACUCGAAUGUGUAUAUUCGUAUGAAAAUUAGGGCCGCCGCCGAAAUUGGCAUUGAAGCGCAACAUGUGAAUUUGCCAAGAACAAUAACACAAAGUGAACUUUUGGCAAAGUUGGACGAAUUAAACAAUGACGACAACGUUCAUGGUAUUAUCGUUCAAAUGCCAUUGGAUUGUGAGGAGAAGAUUGACUCUGAUUUGGUCACCGAUUACGUGAGCCCCGAAAAAGAUGUUGAUGGAUUGCACACAUUGAAUGAGGGCCGAACGGCAAUCAACACCAAGACUGGUUUCGUUCCAUGCACACCAAACGGAUGCAUCGAAUUGAUCAAACGCGCUGGCAUCACAAUUGCUGGCGCCAGAGCCGUUGUUCUUGGUCGCAGUAAGAUUGUUGGAACGCCUGUCUCCGAGCUACUCAAAUGGCAUCAUGCAACCGUCACAAUUUGCCACUCAAAAACUAAAAACCUACCCGAUGUGAUCAGAGAAGCCGACAUCUUAGUAGUCGCCAUCGGUUCAGCAAAAUUCGUGAAGGGAGACUGGAUAAAACCAAAUGCGGUUGUUAUUGACUGUGGAAUCAAUUCGAUUACAGUGCUCGAUACGGCCACCAACAAGUCAGUGCAGCGUUUGUGCGGUGACGUUGAUUACGACGAAGCAUCAAAAGUUGCAUCAUACAUAACGCCAGUGCCAGGCGGUGUUGGUCCAAUGACGGUGGCCAUGUUGAUGAAGAACACGGUUCAAUCCUAUUUGCGAUGGGUAGAGAGAAUCACCGGCAAAGACUGGAAUCUAAGCACAUUGCCAUUGCAUUUGAUCAAACCAGUUCCAAGUGAUAUCGCAAUUGCACGCGCUCAACAACCGAAAGAUAUUAAGAAAUUGGCCGAUGAAAUUGGACUGCAAUCAAGUGAAGUGCACUUGUUUGGACCGAAAAAAGCGAAAAUUUCACUGAAAACACUUACUCGACUUCAAGAUAGACCCGAUGGAAAAUAUGUCGUCGUUGCUGGAAUCACGCCAACACCAUUGGGAGAGGGCAAAAGUACGUGUACCAUUGGUUUGACACAAGCAUUGGCCGCUACAAAACGUGUCAAUACUUUCGCUUGUUUGCGUCAACCAUCGCAAGGACCAACUUUCGGAAUCAAAGGAGGUGCUGCUGGUGGUGGAUACAGUCAAGUAAUUCCGAUGGAAGAUUUCAAUCUGCAUUUAACCGGUGACAUUCAUGCCAUUACGGCGGCCAACAAUCUCUUGGCUGCUCAAUUGGAUGCUCGUAUUUUUCACGAGUCAACGCAAACCACCGAGGCUCUGUACAAUCGUCUCGUGCCAGUCAUCAAGGGCAAACGUAGUUUUUCACCAAUUCAAUUGAGACGCUUGCAACGGUUGAACAUCCAAAAGACUGAUCCAAACGAAUUAACAGCGGACGAAAUCUCACGAUUCAGUCGUUUGAACAUCGAUCCCAAGAAGGUGGUUUGGACUCGUGUUUUGGACAUCAAUGAUCGAUACUUGCGUGAAAUUACCAUCGGUGAAUCGAAAACCGAAAAAGGAUUCACGCGAAAGGAGAGCUUCUCAAUUUCGGUGGCUAGUGAAAUAAUGGCAAUUUUGGCAUUGGCCAGAGAUUUGACCGACAUGAAAGAACGUUUAGCCAAAAUGGUGGUCGCUUUUGAUUUGAACGGUAAUCCAGUUGUUGCUGAUGAUUUGGGUAUUACCGGCGCUUUGAUGAUCUUGUUGAAAGACACAAUCGAACCAACGUUGAUGCAAACUCUCGAAGGAACACCCGUUUUUGUUCACGCCGGCCCAUUCGCAAAUAUUGCUCACGGUUGCUCGUCAAUUGUUGCCGAUAACAUUGCAUUGAAAUUGGUUGGUCAAGACGGUUUCUGCAUAACCGAAGCUGGAUUUGGAUCAGACAUUGGCAUGGAGAAAUUUUUCGAUAUUAAAUGCCGCACAUCACAAAAGGUACCCGAUGCUGUCGUUUUGGUUACAACCGUUCGUGCAUUGAAAAUGCACGGUGGCGGCUCAGCUGUUACACCAGGUGCACCAUUGAAAAGCGAAUACACAAGCGAAAACAUCGAUUUGGUCAAACAGGGUCUACCGAAUCUGAUUAAACACAUCGGCAAUGGCGUUAAAUUCGGCGUUCCAGUCGUGGUUUGCGUCAAUGUUCAUGCAAACGACACUGAAGCCGAACUCGAAGUGGUGCGAAAAGCAGCCAUUGACAACGGAGCAUUCGAUGCAGUUAUAAGCCAUCAUUACGCCGAAGGUGGCAAAGGAGCUGAAAAAUUGGCUGAAGCCUUGAUUAAAGCAUGCUCAAACAAAAAAUCAACAUUCCGUUUCUUGUACAAUUUGAACGAGUCCAUUGAAGAAAAAAUUGCCACGAUCGCACAAGAGAUGUACGGUGCUGGUGAAAUUGAACUUCAACCCAUUGUCAAAGAGAAGAUUCAACUGUAUAAUGCACAAGGUUUCAACCGACUUCCAAUUUGUAUGGCAAAAACAUCAAACUCAUUAACUGCCGACCCAGCGAUUAAAGGAGCCCCAAUUGGUUUUAAAAUCGUUGUAAAUGACAUCUUUAUCUCGGCCGGAGCCGGUUUUAUUGUGCCAAUUUGCGGUGAUAUUUCAAAAAUGCCCGGAUUACCAACACGACCGUGCUUCUAUGACAUGGACUUGAACACCGAAACUGGUGAAAUCGUAGGACUUUUCUAAAAAGCAAUUUAAUUUUACGGAGUUUCACUUUGAAACACUGAUUCUUUGGACGAACUUGAUAUUGAUUGUUAUAAUGUAUUUUUUUCUAAUUUUUUUUAAACUGUUGAAAAGAAAAUUAUAAUUGAAUUUUUUUACAUACGUUGAAACGUAUAUAUACGUUAUGUGCAACGUUCGACUCGUUGAACCGAUUGAAAAUUGUCAAAUUUAAUCGUAUUCUUAGGAACAAAACGAAAAUAAAUUUGUUAUGUUAAAA